AUGCUCAACUGUCUUGGAUGUGACAAUAUCAACUCUUUUUUGGAAGAUUGUAUUAACAAAAAAGAAAAUUUGCUUAAGGUCAUGAGGCUUCUAUGCUUGCAGUUUUUGGUAUGCGGACGGAUGAAGGCAAAGAUGCUGAAUCAAUACCGCAAAGAGAUUUUGCAAUCUUAUGGUUAUAAUCAUAUGCCGCUACUGCUGAAACUUCAAAAGGCCGGCUUGCUGAACAGAAUAGCCACACCGACGACAGCUGCCAACCGUCCUGAAGCCUCAGGUUAUCGGGUCAUUCGCAAACUCUUUCGGCAGAUCGUUGACAACGUGGACGAAAAGGACCCAAACGAUUCAUCAUACGUGUACAGUGGUUAUGGAUCACUUCUGGUUCGGCUAUGUGAGUACUGGCUGAAGCCUGGGUGGCGCACAAUAAACGAGUACCUGAUGAAAAUACCUGGAGAUACAGUGAUUUGCGAAUCAACCGACGAGAAAAUUCCGUUCGAUUCGUCGUUUAAUGCUGAUCGUUCCAUAAAACGAACGGUUCUUGUUUUGUUCGUAGGUGGUGCAACGUUGGCCGAAAUUUCCGCUCUGCGGUUCGUCGCUGCUCAUUCUGAAGGCGUUGAGUUUAUUGUCGCAACAACCAGCAUUCUGACGGGCGAUCGGCUGAUACAAAGCUUCGCUUGA